CCAUUAUAUUUACAAUCUAAACGUUUGUACAUGUGUUGUUUAUUCGGAUAACAAUACGCACCAAUGGUGUACAGUGCGAUAUUUGUGAUAUGAACGGUCAGCGUCACUGCACUGACGAACGCGGUACUAAAACGAAAAAUAAUUAUCGAGAAAUGUCAGCGUACACGGUUUACGCCAUUUUUGCGGUGGCGGUGGCCGUGACUGUGACGGUGUCGGCGAUCGAACAACCGGAUGAAGUUGGUCCCGCGGGAGUGUUCGAGAAAUCCGUUUCAGAAAUGAUGGCCCGUGACGAGGACAUGACGAGGGAUGUUGCGGAGAUGUUGGUAGCGGCCGAGUCACUUGGUAGCAUGAAAGCGGCGGACAAUGCGGAUCCUGUUGCUGCGGAGGAGCAGACCGAAAAACUCAACCGAGCGUUGUUGGCUAUGGAUGAAAUGCAGAGAACCGCGGGCGACGUGUACGACCGUUGUUACGACGACUUCCUGGACUUGUAUCCGGCGUGGCGCAUGUACCUGCUUUGCAACGACCCUAAGCACAAGAAAUCCCUGUUACGGAGCUACAGAUCGUUAUUGGUCCGGUACGAUAAAGGCCGAAAUACACUCAUACGGGAUCUGGGUGUGCUCAUGGCCCUCGAGAAGGCACUGUUGCCGUCCAACACAUAUGUUGACCCCGAUAAUCGGAUUCCGCCGUCAGCUGACACGGUGGCGGUGCUCGACAACUUUUGACCGAGUUUUUAGUUUCCGGUUUUGUUUUGUUUUGUUCUGUUUUUUUUUUAAUGUAUACAAUUAAUUUGAUUGAUGCAAGUACGCCAAUUUACCCGACGUUAUUAUGAUAUUAUGCGCAGUUUUAAUGUCGUGCGUAAACUGAUAUUGUAACAUUAUAUUAUUAAAUAUAUUUAUUUAAAUAUCGUGCGUAAUAUAAUAUACAUUGACGGUA